AUGGCAUCACAGGUGAAAAUAUACUUGAAAAAUGCUAAACAGGCUUUGCAAGCACAAAACUAUGAAUUAGCCGCUGAUUUCUGUCACGAUGUUUUAGAAGAAGAUCCUAAUAACUAUUUUGCGCAUUUAUUUUCAGGUAAAUGUUAUGAUAUAUUAAAUUUGAAAGACAAGGGGUUAAAACAUUAUUUGAAGGCAAUUGAAAUAGACAAAAAUAAUGUUUUAGGUUGGAAGGGGUUAUUUUUAUUAUUGAAAACUCACUAUGAUCGAAAUGUUUUAAACUAUAAUAAGCUUUUUGAACUAUGCUAUCAAUAUUAUGAAAUUUUAGUAACUCAAAAUAGUUCAAUCCAGCCACUAAUUGAUUUUGUAAGAGAUUUUAAAAAAUCUCAUGGUGAUUGUGAGAAAACAUUUUUACAGAACAUGGUACCUGGUCAGCAUUUCGCUGAAACUUUGGGAGCGUAUUUGAUGAAACCACAAGAUGCUUUACAAAAACUAUUGAAUAUAGCAUUGCAUGAAGAAAAUAGCAAAGUUAGCACAGUUAAGGCGAAAAGGGCGAUGGGACUAAGUCCAAAUGAUCCUCAAUACCAAGAGAAAUUAAAUGAAAUUGUUUGGGAUAUUUACAAAGAUUCAGAGGUCAAAGUUUUAUAUUCCAAACUGAUUAAUUUGAUUGAUGACGAUGAUGAAAGAAAAAAAUUAGAAGAAGAAAACUUUUUUUAUAAACUUAAAGUUUUAAAAACCAUGCCACAAGACAUUAAAUGGGUCCAUUUCAAAGAGUUGAAGGAAACCGUAGAAGAUAUGGUUCUACUUAAUCAUAAUUCAGAUAUCGUUUGGAAUUAUUAUUUUGAAUGGCAAGAUUACAAUAGUUUAGAUGACUUUGAUUGCUCCAUCAUAUCCCGCUUUAUCAAAAAAUUUCCGUCCGAUCCAUUGGGAAAUAUUUUUUUUGGCUACAUUUCGUCAUCCUUUUCUAAAUAUAACAAGCAAGAAUUCUAUAAAUUGAACUCAAAAGACGAAAAUGAAACAAUUGAGGCGGACGAAGACGAAGAUGAUGAUUCAGAUUUUACUUUGACCGAAGAUGAUAUAUUCAGCUUGUUAUUAGACAGUGUUGCCAAGACACAAAAAAGCAUUUUGUCACACCGUAUAUUAUCAGCAUAUUGUAUUCAAUCACUAAAGUACAAAGAUGCAUUGAAGUUUAUACAAAAGGGAAUUCAAUUAUCUUAUUUCGCCAAAAGAGAUUUUGGUAUUCAACUGGAGAAUACAAAAAAUGACUUGACCUUAAAUUUAGCUCUAGCUUACACACAUGUAGAUUCCCCUAAAAACCAUAGUGCUGCAUUGCAAUUAUACAAUAAAUAUCUAUCACAAUUUCCAGAUGAUACAAAGGCUGAGGUUGGAAAAAGUUUAAUUUUUAUUGAACAAAAGAAUUGGACAGAAGCUGCGGCGCUAUUAAAGCAUGUAAUUAAAACAGAUCCAGAAGAUAUGACCGCCUUAUCUGAUUUCUGCUGGGCCCAAAUGCAUCUUGGCGAGGUGGACAUGGCCAUCGAAAAAUUUAAAGUUGUGUUAAAAAACAUUUCUGGUACAGAUAUUUUGUCGCUGAGAAACAUUUCAACAAACCUGUGGAGAUUAGCAGUAUGCUAUAUUGAAAAAUACAAAACAAAGCAGACAACUGAAAACAUGGACUAUAUAAAUAUGGCUUUCAAGCAUUUAAUAGGUUCGAUUAAAGUUUCUGUGGAUUUUGCUCCUGGAUUUUCAACGUUGGGUAAAGUUUAUAAUGAAUAUUAUCAUGACAAAAGCAGGGCUUUUAAAUGUUAUUUUAAAGCCUUUGAAAUAAACCCGGGUGAUAUUAUUGCCGCAAAAUAUAUGGUUGGAUUUUUCACCGAUAAUAAAGACUGGGAGAAUGCGGCUAAAAUAUGCCAGAGGUUGGUUGAUGCUGAACUUGCCAAGAGGGAAUUGCAAAUGGUGAAUUGGCCAUACCGGGUUUUGGGUGUAUCCUGUUUAGAAAGUCGAGAUAGUAACGGUUCCAUUGGAUGGUUUCAAUCUGCUUUGAGAGUAGACAGUUCAGAUAUUGAAUCAUGGAUUGGUUUAGGCCAAGCUUAUUUGUAUUGUGGCCGUAUUGAAGCCUCAUAUAAAGCAUUUUUAAAGGCAACUGAGUUGGACUGCAAUCAUAAUUAUGCGUUUUAUUUCUUGGGUAUCUCUUUGUCUAAAUUAUACAGAUAUGAUGAAGCUGUUGAUGUUUUUGAAAAAUUACUACGUACAGACCCAUCUAACGUUUGUUUUAUUACUACUUUUGCACAUAUUUUGAGUGAAUACUCAUCUAUUGUGUACACGACUGGUGGUUUGUCUAGGUCUAUUGACUUGGCCGUUUAUUGUAUUGAGCAAAUUGAAAAUGCCGUUUGUAUUUAUAGCGUAAACAGUUAUAUCCUAUGGAACACGUUGGCUAACUGUUUAAAAAUUUUUAUUUUACUACAGACAAAACUAUCUCUGUUGCCCAUUGAGAGACUUGUAAAUGUUUUUGAAAAGCAACAAGAGAUGACCAAGAACAGUGAAAACUCGUUUGAAUUCAAACAUAACCUAACUGUAGAAAGCUUAUUUGAAAAUGUUGACAAUAUUAAAAUAGCAGCCAAUUGUUUAUUGUUGUCUUCUCAAUGUGCCUUUUACGUUGAGGAGUACAAAAAUUUGAAUAGAACACUUAGAGCCUAUUUAUGGUAUAAUUUAGGGUGUUCUGAAUUGCUGGUUUAUCAAAUUCUGAAAGAUAUAGAAUAUGAACAGCAAGCUAUUUUGGCUUUCAAAGAAUCCAUUAAAUUUCAGUCAAAUGUUGUAGAUGCCUGGAUUGGUUUAGGAUUAGCCACAUUAUAUCUUAACUAUAAAGUGUCCCAACAUUGUUUUAUUAAAGCAUUGACUAUUUCUCCAAAAAAUUACGAAGUGUGGUGCUGUUUGUCAUUAUUGGCUUUAAAAAACAAUGAUGUUGCCUUUGCCUUGGAGACAUCACGUAAAGCACAAACAAUGAAUCCUGAAUCUUAUAAACCUUGGUUUUAUAUGGCACUAGCUUUGGAAAAAAGCGGCGAUAAUGAGCGCGGUAAUAAACUUUUAAGGCACAUUAACACUUUAUCUAAGGACAAUGCAAGAAUCAUCCCAUUGUUUUAUGCUAAGGCAGUCUUGGAACAAAGGAUUGGAAAUGGUUCAAGUGAAAAAGAUAUUGAAUUACAACAAGAUUUCACAUCUAUAUUGCAUGGCUUGGAACAAUACUUGAAGAAAAUCCCUGAUGACAUUUUCGCUAUACAAUGUUCUUUGUUGGCAUAUGAAAGGCUGCAUGAUUACACAAAAGCCAAUGUAUUGUGUGAUAAAUUAACUUCUAUUAUUGAACAAAGUUUUGAACAAAGCAAGAAUGACACAGAUUUGUUUCAUUAUGCGGUGAUUAAAUCACAAUUUUCUCGUAUUAAAUUAGGUAUGGGGUCCUAUGAUGAGGCUAUUGAAGAUGCUGAAUUAUCGACGGGUAUUCUGCUUGAUCAUGAACAUAGCAAGUCUUUAUUACUUUCUAAUUACUGUUGUUUGGGUUUAAGCAAUUAUUUUAAAAACGAUUUUGAUUCUACAUUACAAUAUUUCCAGUUGAUCUUAGAUAGUUCGGAAGUUUGCAAAGAAUUGAUAUUGCUAAUUUCUAAAGUUUUAUACAACGUUGACAGUGAUGAAACCAAAGAACUUUCGAUGCAAGAGUUGGCUGAUUAUGCAAGCGCGCAUAGCGGUGAUAUGGAAGUUUCGCUAACUAUGGCAGCAAUUAGUUUGAUUGAAAAAUAUAAUGUUGACGAUUUAAACACAAUUCUAAAAGAGAUUACUAGCCUACCUUUAAGCGUUUUGUGCAGAGAUUACAAAAAGAACGUUCCCUUUUUGAUUGAAGAAUUGAACAAAAGAAUUGGCACCUCAGAAAAUAAGCUUGCACAAAUAUGGCAAAAAAGCACAUUUUUUUUCCCAAAUUCCAGACAAUCAUGGGAAAAGUUAGAUGAUAAGAUUGCGUACCAGGUCGGAUGCAACGAGCCCAAUAGAAUGAACACUUGUGAAAAGACAGAACAAUUGAUAAGAUUGAAGAACAAAAGGAUGAUACAAAGAGGUUUGUUUUUAACACCGUGGAACGAAAACGCAAUCAAUGCAUUAAAAGAAUGUUUUUAA